GAUGAAAUCAGCAAUAUACGAUUUUGUUGUUUUGCAUAGAGAUUUAUAAAGAACCGAAAAUUAUACAUUUGAAAUGUGAUACACGUGCGGUUUCGGAAUGCAAAGUUAUGGUCACAAAACCACCAAAUGUGUCCGGAUUUAGGCACUGGACCAGUACAACUUAUAUCAAAUACAGAGUACUCACCAAUGACCUAGGAAUAAUUUCACUGACAGUUGUAUACAAGAAGAUAAGUAGUGACAGCCGAAGCAUCACGUCAAUUCCUUCAAACGAACCGAAAAAUGGUAUAGUGACAAGACAUAUAUAAGGCAAAAAUUCAAUGAAACAAGAAAACAGCGACAUGCAUGGCAAACACAUUUUGGUUUGUUUACAUUAUAACCGGCUUCACACUUCCGCAUUGAACUGUCUACCAUCUGUGUUUCAUCAAGCGCGUGGAUAAUCAAGAUCACCAAAAGCUAAAUAAAUACAUGUACAUUUCAAUUUCAAGGGUCUGUUUUUGUAUCUAAAUUCAAACCAGUCCGUUUCAAGAUGUCUGCGCCCAUGUUGUGACAUAUUUCGUUUAUUUAUUUCAUCAUUUAAUAAAAUAAACACAAAUGUAAAAUGGUUUUAAUAAGUACAUAGUAUUAUUCGUUUAAAGAACAGGUAUUUGAUGAAAUAUGAUCGAAAACUUCGUAAAUUUUGAAGAGGAAUUGGCAGAAGAGCAUUGCAAUGGUAGCAGUGAUGGGUUUGCAAAUGCUUUGACCGUUUGGUUGAAUAAACCCCAUGUGGUAAACAGACGUCUGUGUGGAUCUAGACUAGAAUAUUUUGAAAUUAUUUCAAAAGAACAAUUUAAUAUUGGAAAAGUAACUAAUAUAAUUGAAAGACAUUGUCUAGAACUGAAUGGUUUCUGUUUUUAUGAUAUAUUUAAAAGCCAGGGGUUUACAAAUGAUAAUUCUGCUGAAAUUGAUCUGAAACUCCAUACAAAUGUUUGUAUCGAGGGUCUGGAUGGUUUAUCUGAGGAUGAGAUUGCUGUCAUUGUUCGUCAGCUGUUGCCAAAGCAACCAGAAAGACAUGCUAACAUUCCAGAAUUAGUUGUCUUUGACAAGUCAAAAGAUAGUUGUACCUUCAUUCCACUGAAACCUGCGAAUGAUUCAGAAAGGAAAGUUCCAUUGGAAGUUUUGUAUUGCUUCAGAUUAAAGGACAAACCCAAGAAAAAGCUUUGUCUGUUUGCCAGUACAUCAGACUGCUCCACUGAUUCAGAAAGAAAGCUCUCACUGACCUGGAUUAAAGGUCUGCUUCUCCAGAAACUUGCAAGAUGGAGUGAGCAGCCAAGUUUGAGAACUGGACUAGCUUCUCUGUUACUGGUCUCUGUUGAAGAUUACAGCAGACUGUAUAGUGAGCUGAAAAACAAAUAUGGCAUUCCACUGGCACAGAAAUGGCCAGAGAAAACAAGUGCACAGAAGUAUGUGUUCGAGGAUGUUGCCAUAGCAACCUACUUACUGUUGCUGUGGGAAGAUGAUAGAAAGAAGAAAGGACUGACAAAGAAACAAUCUUUUGUAGAUCUUGGCUCUGGUAAUGGUCUGCUUGUACAUAUACUGGCUUCUGAAGGGCACCCAGGCUAUGGAAUAGAUGUGAGAAGAAGAAAGAUAUGGGAUCUAUAUGGACCAGAAACAAUACUUAAAGAAAUGACUAUUACUCCUUCCACUGAAAGUGUGUUUCCUGACAGUGAUUGGUUGAUUGGUAACCAUAGUGAUGAAUUAACACCAUGGAUACCAGUAAUGGCAGCCAGGUCCUCUUACACUUGUAAUUACUUUGUGUUGCCAUGCUGCAUGUGGGAUUUCAAUGCAAGAUACAGUUUCACACAGAAGGUGGCAAAUGGUUCAGAAAACUCUGGUAAAUAUGGGCUGUAUCUUGACUUUGUCAAGUCGGUUGGAGAGAACUGUGGGUUCAAAGUGGAAGAGGAUAUGUUACGAAUACCUUCUACAAAAAGGGUAUGUUUGAGUAAAUAA